CACAACUUAAAAAUCAAUCUAAAUGUCCAGAUUGAUUUCGGUACGCGUCGGUUUCCAUUGAUGUUUGGUUCGGUUCAAUUAACAUAUCCACAUAUAACCGAUCGGUUUUAAAACGAAAUUCCUAAUUACCCAGAAUUGCUCUUGAGAAUCGAUCACUAGUGUCUCUUUCUCUCCGCCGUCCUCCACCGCUUGAACAUCGUGUACGGAUUUGGUUAGCAUCGUUACUUUCGUUUGCUUUUGUUCAUUCCUUUGGAUUUAACGGAAACUUGAUAUUUUCUGAUCUUCGUAACGUCUCUUGUUCUUACAAUUUCUCACCUUCUUUAGAGAAUUCAAGCAAUUUUGAGCUUCUACGACUAGGUACUGUUGUUUAUCUCUAUGGAUGCCAAAAAGUUGGAUACUGGCCCGAGAGAUGCAAUCAACUGGCUCCCUGACGAGAUUCUGGGCAAAAUCUUGUCAUUACUUGCGACAAAACAGGCUGUUUCAACAUCGGUUCUUUCUAAAAAGUGGAGGACUCUCUUUAAAUUAGUGGAUACCCUCGAGUUUGACGAUUCUGUCUCUGGAAUGGGUGAACAAGAAGCGAGCUAUGUGUUUCCGGAGAGCUUUAAGGAUUUGGUGGAUCGAACAGUAGCUUUGCAGUGUGAUUAUCCGAUCAGGAAGUUGUCACUAAAAUGUCAUGUUGGCAGGGACGAUGAACAACGAAAGGCUUGUGUGGGCCGCUGGAUAUCGAAUGUCGUAGGGCGCGGUGUUUCAGAAGUGGUACUAAGGAUCAAUGAUCGUGGUUUACACUUUCUGUCUCCUCAGCUCUUGACAUGCAAAACACUGGUUAAGCUGACACUAGGCACACGUCUCUUUCUUGGAAAGCUUCCUUCAUAUGUGUCACUUCCAUCUCUUAAGUUUCUCUUCAUCCAUAGCGUCUUCUUUGAUGAUUUUGGAGAGUUGUCUAAUGUGCUUCUUGCUGGUUGCCCGGUGGUCGAGGCGUUAUAUCUCAAUCAAAAUGGCGAAUCAAUGCCUUACACCAUAUCGAGUCCUACGCUCAAGAGACUAUCAGUUCACUACGAGUAUCAUUUUGAGAGCGUAAUCUCAUUUGACCUGCCAAAUCUCGAGUACCUUGACUACUCUGAUUACGCCUUGUAUGGGUAUCCACAAGUUAACUUGGAAUCCCUUGUUGAAGCUUAUCUGAAUCUUGAUAAGGCUGAACAUGUCGAGAGCCCGGAUGUAACCAAACUCAUUAUGGGAAUAAGAAAUGUUGAGAUCCUUAGUCUAUCUCCCGAUUCGGUUGGAGUGAUCUAUUCAUGCUGUAAAUAUGGGCUACUUCUACCGGUAUUCAACAAUCUGGUUAGUUUAUCUUUUGGGACUAAGAAAACACGAGCUUGGAAAUUGCUUGCAGAUAUACUUAAACAGUCUCCAAAGCUUGAAACUCUCAUCAUCGAGGAUCUGAAUGGUUACCCACUCGAUGUCUCCAUGCCUCUGAACCAAGUGAAGGAGUUGCAGAUUCUGGAAUAUGGAGAAAGUGAUGACGAGGUUAAACGGUUGAAGAGUUUUCUUGGGGAAGAAAGUAUGAUAGAAGUUGUGUUUCCUGAAGUUUGAUUGCAAACGAAAAGGGACUUCCUGGAGUUUGAGAUCAAAGUACUACUACAUUUCAUCUAGUUUAUUUUCAUAUAAUUCUGUGCAACUUUUAACUUAUUAAUUGUUUCAUGUCACGUUGCUCUUUGCAGAAUACAAUAGUUUUUGAAUUUAAUCUCUUUAAAGACUCUAGUUUAGAUAAAUCAACCCAUAUUAAAGUUGCAAAGUCCAAA